AUGGAUGAGCGAACACAUUUUCCUCUCGCAGAAAGGGCUGUGGAGCAAGACGUGUAUAUGGACGACGUUUUGACUGGGGUCGAUAAUGAGGAAACAGCAUUAAGGUUAAGAAUGCAGUUAGAGGAAAUGCUGCAGAAGGGCGGCUUUCGAUUGAGAAAGUGGGCGUCAAAUUGUCCCUCAGCCUUGCAAGGCAUGUCAGAGGACAAUUUAGCAGUGGUAAGGACCGAGGGAUACCAACUGGAUUCAGAUCCAGCAGUAAGAACGUUGGGACUCAUCUGGCAUCCAAACACGGACGUAUUUAAAUUUCGGUUCAAGAUACCAGAUUUAACUGAGGGCGAAACACUAACGAAACGCAGAGUUCUAUCGAUCAUCGCUACACUUUUUGAUCCGCUGGGCUUGAUUGGAGCGGUGAUAAUGCAGUUGCUGUGGUGCUUGAAGGAUGAAAAGGAUAACCGAUUGGGGUGGGAUCAGCCCCUACCAGUGAAGGUUCAAGAUGAUUGGAGGUAUUUUCACGGUCAGCUACUAUUGUCGAACGAGCUGGUGAUAAGUCGUUGUGUGAUUCGACCAAAAGCAGUCUCUGUGGAGCUGCACGUGUUUUCAGACGCGUCCGAGCGUGCGUAUGGAGCGUGUGCGUAUGUCAGAAGCAUAGAUACAGGAGGAAAUGUUUCAGUCGCACUACUUACUUCCAAAUCUAAGGUGGCACCGCUGCAAUGCCAAUCCAUACCAAGGUUGGAAUUAUGCGGAGCACGCAUGGCGGCAGAACUAUCGAAACAAGUGGUUGAGGCUCUGAAAAUGGACAUGGAAAUGACGUUUUGGACGGAUUCCACCUGCGUCCUCAGAUGGAUUAGGGCUGCGCCGUCAACAUGGACAACCUUUGUAGCUAAUAGGGUAGCAAAAAUUCAAGUGCUUACCGAAAAUAAGAUAUGGCGGCAUGUUCCGGGAUUAGAGAAUCCUGCCGAUCUUAUCUCACGGGGAAUUAACCCGAAUCAAAUUCAGAACAACGUUCUUUGGUGGGAAGGCCCUGCGUGGCUCAAAGCAGAAAGGGAAUUCUGGCCAGAGCAGCCAGCCGAUUCUAUUGCAGAGGAUGUAACCCGAGAAGCUCGUCGUUCGGUUCUGCAUUGCACAAGCCAGCAGGAAGCAUUUAGCUCUUGGUACGUACGGAAAUUUUCGACGUUCACAGCGCUUUUGAGGUGUACUGCACACUUUUGUAGACGGCUGGAUCGUUCCAAAGGAGUGGAGCGUAAUGAGCGGAGUGGCUUCUUAAAGGCAUCGGAGCUGAAAUUGGCAGAACAGAUGUUGAUUCGUUGCGUGCAGAAAGAGGUAUUUGUGGACGAGUGGAAGGCACUCUCAAAUAAUUCAGUUGUAUAA